GUUUUCGAAAAUUGGAUGGCGUGAUGAUAGUUCCCAGGGACGUGGUGGUAAUUUAACACGAGAAGAGAUUUGAAUUGUCCGGGAUUUAAAUUUACAGCUGUCAGUUGAUUAUUGAACUGCUAAAGUGGUGGAAGUUUGUCUUACUGAGCUGCAAAGAAAAAUCAUCAAGAUGUCUUCCUUGAGUAACUUGUGUAUGUUGGUGGUCAGUCUGUUUGCAUUUAUUGGAGAUGUGGUGGUUAGUGAACACUGUUCCAGUACCUUCCCAUGUAAAAACUCGACACAAGUCUGUAGCAAUAACAUAUGUGAAUCAUGUCACAGUGUUUGUGACCCAUCCUCUAAAAGCUUUUCAAAGGUGACCUGUUUUAAAAGUUGUCCAGGUUACGUUGUACCCACAGAAAGACCUAACGUUUCGGAUAAAAUUCAAGAUGAGGAUAGCAGUAAAAUCCAAGGCACACAUGUUGUGGCAACCUUUGUACUUGAAACUGAAAAUACCUCAGCAAAUUUAGAAGUCAGAGAAAAUGGAGCAGAGAGCAUAGGUACGGUAUUGAGCUUAGGUGAUCUUGCUGCAAUUUGUGGGGCCAUCGCUUUCAUAAUCUUUUGCAUUGGAUUGAGAAUACUAACUAAGGAAUACCCAUGUCCGUGGUUUGUAACACCUAAAAAUACUAAACCAAUCAAGCUUGAUGAAAAUGGCAGUGAUGAGUUAGCAGAGUUGAAUGUUUGAGAAGCAAUUUGGUGGCCUAGAUCUAAACCCGGAUGACACUAUUUUAAGGACAUAGGAGUUAUGACCUUAAAGACUGCAGACGCAGACAACAUGAACUUUAAAUGCUGUCUGAGGUCAAGACCGAUGGAGAGAAAUCGCAGACAGCAGUAAAAAGAAAUCGUUUAAAGUGCUGCAAAUAUGAGUGAACUUUAUCUUCUUAAACAGUAUUAAUGUUUUAAUUCCUCCAAAAACAUUUUGACAGUAAAUCGAAAAAAAAUUUAUUAUUUCACUGAAAUAUAUUUUUGUUUCUAUACCGUAUUUAUUCGAAUAAACGCCCGGGGUGUUUAUUGUUGAGAAGGGUUUUUGAAAGCAUUAUAUUUGAGGGAGGCGUUUAUAAUUUUUGGUGAAAAAUGCAUAGGUAUGUACUCAAAUAAACGCCCCUUAAUUUCACUGUAAAUGUGUAUAAUGUGUUGAGAAUGAUGUUGGUUCUAUUAGAUUUGUUUAGUGUCAUUUAGGGAGGACGGGGGUGUUUAGUCGAGGGAGGUGUUUAUUCCAAAUGAGACUGUACAGGGUAAAUUUAUUCAAAGUGGGGCGUUUAUUCGAAUAAAUACGGUAUGUAUUUAUUAUAUAAGAAAAUUUGCGAGAUGUGACUUCGGUUUAUUAACUAAAUUGUUAAUGUAUUAUAAUGUUUAAUAUAAAAUUAUUGUUUAAUUUCAGUGUUUUAAAUUUGAUCUUUACAACUUCUCGUUAUUGAAGAUGAAAUAAAAAUGUACAGUAGUUGUUUUCCCAAUUAAAAAAGGGUGUAAAUUGUGAAUUUCCUACAGUUUAAAGACUGAAUGUUAGUGAUCCAACAUUGUAUUUUUUCAGUAUUCUAUUCAAAAAAAUCUGAUGUUGUGUGGCUGCAGAUGAAGGGAGCUUAUCAAACAAUUUUAGAAAUUGGAAAACUGCUAACACUACAGCUUUGUUGAAAUUUUAAGCUGUUUUUGUACUUCAAAUAUUUAGUGAUGUGUAUAGUUCACUCGCUUCUAAACAAAAAAUAUGGUGCUGAAUAUAAAAAUGACACCCAUGUGCAAGAAUGGGCCUACUGUCCAUAUAAAGUUUUAGUGGAAGCGGUUUGGUGCAGCAGGAACUUUGUUUUUUCAACCUCGAAGUCGGGGUUUAAAUCCCUUGCUGUGCAUUUCGCUUGUGUCCUUACUACUUGUUUGUCGCCUGCUGCUGCGCCAAUAUGGCAGCAACACUUAAUGAGGACCCAAUGUUACAAAGCGUUUGUUUUCCCAACAGAAUAGGUGCUACAUAAAUACUAAAAUAACAAAAUCGUAACUAGAAUUUGGGAUUUUUUGAUAAAGUGAAUAUGACCUUUAAACUUAAAUUUAUAACACAAUGCUGCAACAUAUGUGUUCAAUGUUUAAGCUCAGGUGGUCCAGUUGACUUUAUGUCUAUAGUAGAUGAUCCAUGGAUGGACUUAUUUUAACAGCUUAAAUGGCUGCAUUGAAAUAUCCUAUCAAAUUACCAGUCGUGUUUACUCCUCAAAUACUGGGGUUCAAGUUUAAAGGGUCAUUUCAAUAUACAUUAAUAAUUAUGUACUCUGCCAGUGAAAUACUGUAUUAUUUUGCAUUGGUUUGACUUUGGAAGAAAGUGUUUGUUAUGGACAGUUUGUUGGUGUUUUAAUCUUAUGUGCUACUUAAAGUUAAUAACUAUUGCAUUAAAAAAUAUAUCUAUUUUCUGAGCUAAAUUUUGACAAUAAAUUUCCAAAAUUUAAAUUGUUACCCUUGUAGGCCUAGGAUAUUCAAUAAUUUGCAAGUUUAGAAAUGUAAUGUCUGAAAGUUAAUUGAAACUAUUUGAUACAGUACGGUUAAAUGAGCUAUUCAAAAUUUCAAUUGAGUUUACAAGAUUAUCUCCCAAUUUUCUUGCAGACAAUACAUCAUUAAUAGUAACAGUAUUAAAAAAUAAAAACUAAUUGCAAAUCGUUUUUUUAGAUUCAACGUUGUCCUGAGGUGUCAUACUCUACUGUUUGUUGAUUGUGAAUAAGGUUAAAAAACUCAAGCAUAUUUGAUAUUUUGUGAAAAAUAUGUUUUGUUAAUUUUAGGGGAAAAAAAAAUUAAAAACGAAGUUUCAAACAAG